AUGCGAUCUAUCGUCGCCCUGGCUUACACGCUGUUGAUGGCAGUCUUGGCUGCCGCGGUGCCCUUUCACGAGCCCGGCACGCUUGGCCUCGUCGUCCGGGACUGCAACUGCCAGGACAGCAGCGACGGCUCCUGCACCUGCGCGGACACCUCCCCGCUUCAGCGCCUACACAUCGACUUCACCACGUUGGACUGCAAAGAAUGCAUGGAUAGUGGCAAGCCCUGUGCCUGUGCUCCUCCAGACGCUCAACUCUUCCACUGCUUGUGCACCAACGGCAGGACAGACGGCCAGGUAGAGCCGUGUUCAUGCAACAGCGACGAGGAGCAACAGCAACACGGUGUGGCGGCACGAGGUCUCAUCGGCGACCUGCUCCGCGAGCCCCCCAGCAAGGACAACAACGGGGCGACGACGCCGAAAAGCGUCUUCUGCGGCGAGGGCUUCAGGCUGGGCAAGUCGUCGACGUGCUCUGGCAACCACGGCUCGGCGAGCUUCGACAGGCGAAAUGCCGCCUCGCGAUGGGGCCUGCUCGGCAAGCUCAUCCCUGGCGGUAGGCCGGACAGCAAAAAGGGAGCCGCGCAGACGCCGGCACACUGCGGCAAGUCUCUCCGGUUGUGGGAGCCGUCAAGCUGCGGCGGCGCACAGGAUCAGGCCACUCUUCAGUGCAUGUGCCAGGACAAGGGUGUCAAUGGCAAGGCGAGGCCUUGUCCAUGCAACGGGCCGAACGGCGACAGCAUCAUCUUUCUCGGCAACAAGGUGUAA